AUGAUCCGCAUCCUUGUUUUCGGCACUGGGAGCGUUGGCUCCGUAUCUAAUUAUGAUGCUGUCAAAUCUGUUGGUCUGCGAGUCAGGUCAACCAUAUUUGGAGAAAUGCAGGCGAACCCGAUUGUUGUGCAAAGCGUAACGGAAGCCAUGUCGCUGUCAGAGAGGCCCUACGAUUUCGUCUUGGUUUGCACCAAAGCAACUCCCCAGUCCAGUUCGGCUGCUAUUGAGUCAAUCAGGCUAGCAAUCACACCGAGGUUGACCACAAUUGUCCUCAUCCAGAAUGGCUUGGGUGUUGAGAGGGUUUUCUACGAUGCAUUCCCAGAAACUACGAUUUUCUCUGGAGUGGCGUACCUUCCAACGACACAAAUUACACCGGCAGUCUUCUCUCACUCGGAGGUUGACCUACUCUAUCUUGGCAUAUCUAAUAUAUCACUGGGCUUGUCCAAUCCGAUGGCGCAGUUGCUCUCCUUUGCCGAGUAUUUGAAAGAAGGUGGAGCUACUGUCGUCCUCAGCGAGGAUAUCCAAGCCGAAAGAUGGAAAAAAGUUCUCGCUAACGGGGCCAUCAAUCCAAUUUGUGCACUCUCACGGUGCCGAGAUCGUCAACUUAUUGAGCUCUCGCCCCUAGCAGCUCCUUUGAUCCGACAAGUUAUGUUCGAGAUCGCUGCAGUGGCCGCAUCGGCCGGAUAUGGCCAUGUUGUAACUACUGAAACCGUCGAAAAGCAAUUUGCAAGGUCAUUGACCAGACCAUACCCAGGAGUGGAGCCUAGUAUGAUGGCUGACGCGAUAGCAUCACGCCCAAUGGAGGUGCAAGCGAUUCUUGGGGAGAUCAUUCAGACCGCACAGGACAACAGUGUCAAGGUACCCAGGUUGACGAUGUUACUUGUUCUACUAGAAGGGCUAGAUUUGGCAUUGCAAGGAGAAAGAAACAGACUUGCUGAAGCGGAAACAUAG